AUGGUCUGCUGCGGAAAAUCUAACGGCGUCUGCGUCUGCGCCCAGGAGGCUCGCUGCUCGUGCGGUGCCCGCCCUGCUAAGGAGUGCGUCUGCUCCAAGGCUGCUGUCGAGAACCAGGUCGAGGGUCCCUCGUGCUCAUGCGGCAAGCGUCGUGCUCACGAGUGCACCUGCUCCCGAUCCGCGACCGAGAACGGUCUCCGCGAGGGAGAGGUUGACUUCACCAACCUCAAAUAA